CUCAGGGCGUACUGCAGCUUCAGCGGACCUCUUCUUCUUCUAAGUGUGAUGCAACCUUCUCCCAAAAAGAUGAAAGAAGUGUCCUCUGGCUGAGAAUAUUGACAUGCUUUUUGAACGUGUGGAAACACGGUCCCGUUUGCUGGGUGACUCCUCCUCAUCGCUGCUCCUCUCGCUGCUGUUGGCUCAACUGCAUCUGUUAGCAUCUGCCUUCCCUGCCCACCCCCGGCGGAUCCAACCCGACUUUGACAAGCUGACCAAUCAGACCAGACACCUUCUGAAGCUGACUCAGGAUCUACUGAAGGACCCGGUGUUUGGUGCGGAGAUUGAUCACCACAGGUUCAAGUCUCUUCCAGCGAUCAGCAGCAGAGUCAGUGAUCUCACCUCUUUGGAGUUCAAGCCUACUCUUUCUCAGCUCCAUGCAGACUUAAAGUCCUUCGAGCACCAUUUUGAGUGGCUGAACAAAAUAACACGCAAGCAGCACCAAAGCUCAGUACCAAAGUUGACGGACAUGAUCUCACACAUUAAGAUCCUCAUAAACUCCUUACAGCGUCAGAUGACCAGAGCGGAGGCACCCCGGAUCCCCGUUCCCUCUCCCUCACUCCCACCUACUCCUGCUUUUCACUGGGAGGUGGUUCAGUCCUCUCAGGAACUCCUGCAGCAGUUCAGGCUCUUCUGUGAUUGGGCCUCACGAGUGUUCCUUACCCUUAAAUCUAGAUUACCAGCAUGAGGAACCUCAAAAUUAUCAAGAAAAAAAAAAAAAAAACAUCGGCGGUGAACUGUCUCCUUUACAAUAUAGCAAAAAUGGCCAGGACUCGAUCAUUAUUACAGUCCAGGGAUGGACUGGCCAUAGGGAGCAACAGAACGUUUCUCAGUGGGCUGGGUCGACUAUCGAAAAUACUUUCGAUGUUGUCAGACCGGCCCAUCUGAGUGAAAGGAGGAAGGUUGAAAAUUUCGACUUAUUCUCUCCUACCCAUUCACAACCUACUCUUGUUCAGUCUCAUUCCAACUGUAAGCAGAAAUCGCAGGGGGGUCGGGGUGGUCAGGACCUAUACCCCAUCUGAGGGUUGUCCCCCCCCCCCAAAAAAAUAUUAUUAAAAACCACGCUGUGUAUUGUAAAUAAUAUAAUUAUAUAUACUUAAAAUAAUUGCGCAAGUUGUAAAACAAUACAAAUGAAAAAAAAAAAAAAGCGUUUUAAGUUUAGAGACAUUUCGAGUCCCCCUUCCCUUACCUCACAGUGCUUUGGUCUAAGUCAGGUGGAGGAAAACAAAGUUCUUCAGUAGUUGUGGAACUCCAGUAAGUAGCCUGUCAAGGCCAUUUUAUUCACUUUAAACAUUGGAUGAAGUGAUUAUAUUCUCUUUAAUACAGAUGAUGCUGAGACAAUUAGUCAUGACAAAAAAAUGAUGAUAACCGAUCUAUUUUUCCACGAGUCCGCUAUAUUAGCGAUUACAACGUUACCUGGUUUGGUAGCUUGUUUAAUACUGUAGCUUGUUGGAUAGUAAGUCACCCACUACAACUAACAUGGCAAUAAGCCUAUGUGUGACCUGAUAUUAUGCUAAUAUUGUAGAUCCUGUGGGCUUGCUGCAGUUGAAUAUCUAAGUAAGAGACGUUCUCUGUCCCAGACAAAACCUAAAAUACUAUGUGGAGGAUGCAAGAUAAUUUAAUAAUUAUAAUAUGACCGCAUGGCGAACCUAUAAACCUGACUCGUAUUUAAACAACUAUUACACAUAUCCUUACAAGCACAAUUUUGGAUGUAUUAUUUGCGAGAAAUUUUGUUUAUUGUCCCCCCAACUAUUAGAUGAAAUUUACCUCCAUGAUUCCAACCACCAUUGCUGUUUGCUUCCAAACCAAAAAUAAGCAUGAAAGUGAAUCUGUGCCUAACACAAUUCAGCAUUUUCAGUCAUGCAUAAUUGUUAAUAUUGCAUAUGGAACCAGGAAGACAAUGUUUUCUAUCAGCUGAAAUGUAGUGCCAAAGAAUUAUGACCUCUCAAAAAUGAGGCCACAUUAAAUCAUCUGACACCGUAUUGGACAAAAGUGAUAUGAAUCAUGUGAGAAAGAUUUAAACAUCCCCCAUUGCUCUGUGUGAUAUUGUAGUAGGCGAUUGUGGUGGGUUGUGAUGGGCCGUGUACGUCCCAGACCCAUUAUUUUAGUCCCAGUCCAUCCCUGUCGCAGUCUGAAGCCUGAUCAGUGAAGGAGUCCGAUCUGAAAAUAACAGUGCACUCCAGUCGACAUCCUGCUUCUGACGCUCCAUGUAACCUUAAACCUUCCUUCGCAUUUUCUUUUUUAUACAAUUCAUUUUUCAGAACUAUUUGUUAUUUAUGUAUUUAUUUAUUUAUUGACUAGUUAUUUAUUUGAUAUUUAUUUGAUUUCUUGAUACACGUCAACAUUGUCAACAUUCUUUAAUUUGCAAGUCAAGAAGUAAAAUGUACUCUUUUUUUUUAUUUUCCUUUACUUUUCAGCUUCUAUACCACACACACACACACAUACGCAUACACACACAAACACGUGACAGCUUCAUUUUUGUCUUUUAUUAAACUGAUUGUAUUUUUAUACAAUUUAAUUUCCUCUUACUGUUACCUAGGUUACAAUUCUCUGCCACUAGAUGUAGCAAAAUUUUGGGAGUAUAAUGUAUAUCAGUGCUGAUUGAGAGGACUAGCACUGACCUGAACUUUGCUUGUCUUUCUUUUCUGUUGUUGUCUUUAUUUUUUGCACAGCAUAUUGGGGUUUAUAUUGUUUUUUUGUUUUGUUUUUAUUUUAUUUUUUUAAUUAUUGGUUCUGUGAUUCAGGAACAUGUUUUGAUAAACUUUAUUUCAAGCAAAAAGACAACCUAAGCCUUAAAAUACUAUGUAUUGUGAUACUUUGGUACUGUAAAGCUGUACAUACAUGUUCCCGAAUGUAAACUGGUAUAUACAAUGCGUGUAUACGUAUAAUAUUGUUUUCUAUAAUAUAAGUCCAGUGCUCUAUCAAUGUGUUGCAAUAUUAACAUUAUUUUUCCCUUCCCUCCCACUUUUUUUAAAUUUUGUUACAGUAUUUACUAUUUAUUGAUAUUAUUAUUAUUAAUUAUAAUUGUUAUUAUGUUCAAAUAAUUUAUUUUCGCUAAUCAGAAGCAAGACUUCUGUCGUGUUUUGUACUUUUAUACUACUCGCCACCAAACAUCUCUAUUUAGGUCUGUUUCUGUGUCUACAUAGACUGAAAGUUGCUACAUGUAUGUGCACUAAAUAUGCAAAAACUGGCUGUGUUCCAUUGUGUGCCUUGUAAGAGAGACAAUAAAGGACUUUUACAUUUUA